UGUGACAGAGAAAGAGAGAGAGAGAGAGAGAGAGAAAGAGAGGAAGUCGUCUCCACUUUGGCCACAGAAGUUGAUUCUUUAUGUCUGUUUGACAUCCAGCGUGGGACAGGUACGCACGCACAAAAACGCUUCGGGACUUCCACGACUUCCACGGAUUCCUUCCACGUUUUCCGUCCACGGCUUCCACGGACACGGUGGAAGCAGGCGGGCGUCUCGUCCUCAGCAUGGAAAACAAGGCUGAUGUAAAAGCCAUCAUGGCUCGCUUCCAAGCCAACGCCAGCGAAGAGAGCUCAUCACCGUCGCCGGGGCGACCCAAAGCGCCCCUCAACCUCGCCCUCUCCAGCGGUCCCACUGUCCCGCCCAAGAAACCCGUCUUGGAAAGCCUGUCUGGCGGUGCCAUCAAGAUCCCCCCCAAACCUUCUCACCUUAAAAACACUGCGCCCGCUAAGAGCGCCAGAGAGGUGCAUCAUGUGACCAAUACAACCAAAGUGCUAGCUAGCAGGUUUGACAGCAGCCAGGAUGGCGGCGGCAGCAACAAAACGCCUCUCCUUGACAGAGGACACGCCCCCUUGUCUCCGCCCACUCCAAAACCCACACUCAAGCCUCCACUGAGCACUACCCUCUCCAACCCCAAACCUGCCUUCCCCAGACCCCCCCCAGCAGCAUCCAAACCCAGCAGCGGGGACUCGGCUCCCCAAAUCCCUCCUUUGACCCAAAAACCCAGCAGCAGCGUCACCAAACUGUGGCAGCAGAGUGAAGAUCACACGGACAAACGUCCAGCAGAGCCGGACAAGCCGCAACUUGACAGCAAACCUACGGCUAAUCAGGCUGUCCAUCAGACUGUCCCGCCUCCAAAACCUCCAGUCAGCAAAAAGCCCAGCCUGAGGAAACCUGCAACAGAAGCUUCUCAGAACGGCGUUAUUGACGACCCCGCCUCCGGCCCCAAACGCAACCCGCUCCCCAAGUGGAGUCCUGCUCCUGCUAAACCCAAACGACCCCCGAAAGUAGACCUGGACGACUUCAGAAGGGCUGCUGGGAUCGUUACUGGAAGCACUUCCAGCGUCACUCAGAUGUCUUCGGCUCCUGGUAACCAUAGCAACCACACCACCCAGCCUCCUAAAAGUGCACUCCCCAGUCUGCCCCCACGACCUUUUGGAACCACGAUGUACCAAGAAGAGUCGUAUGACGACCUUGAAGAGGUGAAGAAGACAUCUCCUCCUCCUCCUCCUCCUCCUCCUCCGCUGCCACCAUCCACAGCUCAUCCCAGUCAGCGGGCCAAGGAGGAACGCCAACAUCACCAUGACGACGACCACAGCGGAGACACGUACGAGCCGCUGGAUGAACCCUGGGAAGAAGAAGACAGGAGGAAGGAGCAGGAGGAGAAAAGGCAACAGGAGGCAGAGAAGAAGGAGCAGAGGGGACGAGAGAAGAAAGAGCAGGAAGCCAGAAAGAAACUGAAGCUGGUGGGGCCCCUGGAGGCCCUCCACCAAGGCAAGGCCCGUGUGGACUGCAGAGGCGGCAGGACGGAGCUGGCCCUCAAGCGAGGAGACUGUCUGGACAUCAUCCGGGUCCAGGGCACCCCUGAGGGCAAAUGGCUGGGACGGAAACAGGACGGAUCCAUUGGCUACGUGAAGACCACCUCGGUGGAGAUCGACUUCAACACUCUGAAGAGCCACCAGGCCCAGCAGGGGUCCAAGUGUGAGUUGUACGACGACGUGGACGUGGCCUCGUCAGACAGCAGCGGGAUCAGUGGACAAGGAGUGCUUCUCCCGCCGCCCCCAGAAGAAGAAGAAGGUGAAAUCUACAAUGACGUGAUGGAUCCAGACCUGGAUGUUCGCCCCGCCCAGCCCAGGAAGUCCCUCACCAAGCCUCACGCCCUCCUGAAGAUGUUUGAUAGAAGUGGACGUGCGGCCAGCGUAAAAGUACUGCCUCCCCCCAGCCAGUUCACAGCAGACCGUGCGGCAGUCGCUGACGAUGAGAUCUACUACGACGUGGACGCCCAAAGCCAGCCCCCCCUUCCGCCCAUCAGCAGCAUUCCCAGCCUAAAAGGCAAAGGCAAGGUGGCCGAGGAGUCGGACCCAAAGAAGCUGAAAAAGCUUGAGAAGGAGGAGAAAGAGUUCAGGAAGAAGUUUAAAUACGAUGGGGAGAUCCAGGUGCUCUACCAGGCGACCAUCGCCACGCCCAGCGCUCCGCUCAAGUGGGGCGGCAAGGAGCUGGCGGUCAAAGCCGGGGAGAAAGUGGACGUGAUCGUCAAGGCUGCGCAUGACAAAAUGAUCUGUCGCAACGAGGACGGGAAGUUUGGUUACGUUUCCAUCGGCCAUAUUAGCACAGACGACGGCGACAUUUACGACGACGUCGGCGACGACUGCAUCUAUGACAACGAAUGAGGAUCACCGCCUACUUAUUAUUAUUUUUUUUAGUGUAUCAGUUAUUUAACUGAGUUUAUAGCCGCUUGGCCUCACAAGCAGAAAACAAUAGCCGCAGCCAUUUUGGCUCUUAGCUGGCGGCGGCCAUUUUGGCUUUUAGCUAGCUUGAAGUCAACAAACAAGCAACAUCAGUAUUGAAACUUUUUCAUUUGUGUUGCUGAUUUUAUAGUUCUCAACCCCGUCUUUGGUAUCUUUCGCCAUAAUAAGUUGUUUUUGUCAACUUAAAUAUGUAUAUAAUAGAUCCAUGUGAUGUAUAUAACACCUACCGUAUAAUGACUUCUUUUUUCAAUUGAAUAAAUAUUAAACCAUGCUCUCAGCAUUAUUGUUUUUAUAGCUGGGUCAAUCCAACACCAUGCAUCCCUCGUCCUGCUCUGAAGCACACUUCCUGAUUAUCAUGAGGCCACAGCAAGGUGCGCUAAAGUAAUAUAUUGUAGGGUCGCUGGGAACACUUCCAGGUUCCCAGCAUGCUUUGCGGCACCGUCUAUGUAAAUAGCGCUUCUGUUUCUAGUUUUAAGUCACAUGGUUGUUUGUUAUUGUCUGUUUUUGUUUAUCUGUUGCAAUGCCGUGUGAUGCGUUUAGGUUUUCUUGUCCAUGACUGAGACUCUUAUGCUGAGCGAUCACCGAUGGUGGAAUCUAACAGGCCGUGUGGUUGUUGAAUGUGAGCUUUCGUCAACUGCUCUCAAAAAGUAAGCCUUUUUCUGUUACAAGACCCUUGACAAGCGCCAGAUUGGUGUCAGAAGUGGGAUUGCCGGAUGGCAACCACAAUCUGCUAGAUCGAAUAAUUAAUCUUGAGUUUACAGACGUACGAGGGGGAGGAGCUACAAAGGGCGAUUUAUACUCCAGUGCGACUUAUGUAUGUUUUUUUUCUACCUAAUUAUGCAUUUUUGGCCUUGUGCGACUUAUACUCCAGUGCAACUUAUGUAUGUUUUUUUCUACCUAAUUAUGCAUUUUGGGCCUUGUGUGACUUAUACUCCAGUGCAACUUAUGUAUGUUUUUUUCGACCUAAUUAUGCAUUUUGGGCCUUGUGCGACUUAUACUCCAGUGCGACUUAUGUAUGUUUUUUUCUACCUAAUUAUCCAUUUUUGGCCUUGUGCGACUUAUGUAUGUUUUUUUCUAGCUAAUUAUGCAUUUUUGGCCUUGUGCGACUUAUGUAUGUUUUUUUCUAGCUAAUUAUGCAUUUUUGGCCUUGUGCGACUUAUACUCCAGUGCAACUUAUGUAUAUUUUUUUCUACCUAAUUAUGCAUUUUGGGCCUUGUGUGACUUAUACUCCAGUGCAACUUAUGUAUGUUUUUUUCUACCUAAUUAUGCAUUUUUGGCCUUGUGCGACUUAUACUCCAAAGCGACUUAUAGUCCAGAAAAUAUGGUACUUUUUCCUCCACUUAGUGGGUGUGGCUCAUACACUGGAACUUACAGUAAUUGUCGUGUGUGUGUGUCCUUCACUUGAAGCGAGAUGAUGAUGAUGUAAUCCCAGCCUAGUUUAGCAGUAAUCCCAUUGGAUUGGGGUCACUGGGAGAAAGUGCAGUGUGGACAGAAGCUGUGUUUGCACCGUGGAAUCUAUUCUAAGUGGCAUUAUUCAAUAGGCCACAUGUUUAAAAAUAGAUUCCUUUUAUUUAGAUGCUUCUGUGUGUGUGUGUAUUGAACAUUUACCAAAGGAAGCUAUUUAUGGUACAUUUUUUUAGUAACGGUAAAAUACCA